AUGUCUUCACCUCCGGGUUGCUCCAUAAUCCAUGACUGCCAUCUUGUGGCUACUGAGCUUCAGUUCCUUCAUCAAGCUACUGUUAAGAAAGCAGCUGGAGUGGCCAACAACCAAUUCAAGUCUACCCUGUGUCAUGAUCCUGACUUUAUGAUAACUCUCUACACAUCCCACAUUAGGCCAUUGUUGGAAUUUGGCUCCACAGUAUGGAACACAUGGUACCACUGUGACCUGAAACUUCUUGAAUCUGUGCAACGAAAAAUCCGCCCAAGGGGCGGAUUUGUGGCUUCCGUGUGGACCAUGGUAAGGUCCACACAGAAGCAGCCAACCACUUCACAGGAAAACAGCAAGGAAAAUAGUGGGAUAAAUGGGAACACAUUAUGCCCAGAUCAUUCAUGCCAAGAAUACAUUAGUAAUAACUGGUGCUCACAGGUUGCCUGGGCUAAGACACCUAUAAUCCUGGAACCAAAGCUGCCCUCGAGGUGGAGAGUGGAGUAUCCCCCAACACCCACAUCACCACAAGAGAUAAGUUAUGUGUCAUCAGUACAGGUGGUUCCAGUCUACCACCAUCCCACCUCCUCCCUACUUGCUAUUCCAUCUCUGGAGUUGACCCGCAUCAGUCUGGCUUCCUGGAGCAUGACAACUCGUCUUCAUGCACUGCAGGCCCACACCCUACUCAACACUGACCUGAAGUCCAAUUUUCCCCUGCCCAUCAACGGGAGAGUGACAGUCACAGGUGAGCCAUCCACCAAGCUCAUCCAACUUGCCUCCACGUCCACCAGCAGAGGGGCCGCCGCUUACACACUCCUAUUAGUUGUGGGUCCAACACAUCUGGCUGGCAAUCGGCUUGAUCUUGUCUUUACCGACGUACCAGAGACAGUCAAGGUAACCACUAUGGCACCUCUUGGCACAUCAGAUCACUCUGCGAUUAGUAUUCAACUUAACUUGAGACAAAAUAUUCCUGCAUACACAGUCACCAAAGAGGUCUUCUUGAAGGGGCGCAUUAAUUGGAGCUCUGUCAGAGAAGACGUUUCUCGUAUUCGUCUAGGACCGGUCUUGAGCAACCCUGAUCCUGUCUCAGCAUUGAAUGAGGAACUGAAGCAUAUUAUCUCUCGGAGGGUUCCUGUAAAGAAAGUUUGUUUGCGCUCCAACGACAAGGCCUGGUUCAACAUUGAUUGUCGUACUGCUAGAGACACUAAGCAAGCGGCUUAUCGCAGGUGGUCACACUUAAGGACACGUGAAACUUGGGAUGCGUACACUGUUGCCAGAGCUUCCUGUGCAGCAGUCUACAGGACUGCUGAGAGCGAAUAUUUUACCUCUGCGAAAGAAAAACUAUCCACUGCAUCUGACCCGCACAAGUGGUGGUCCACGCUGAAGUCAGUUGUCUUUGGUUUGCGACUAUCUCUCCCUGCUCUGCUUUCUGAUACUGGACAGCUGAUCACAAGUCCAAAAGGCAAAGCUGAUCUGCUGAUGAAACACUUUGACUCCAAGCUCUGUCGAGCUCCAGCCCCCACCAGCGAGUUGCCUCCCGCCAUGCCAGUCUUGACAAAACUGGCUUUUAGGUCUAAGGAAGUCAUGAGACUACUUUUAGCACUCGACUCCCAUGGCGGCACGGAUCCGCUUGGGAUGUUUCCUAUGUUUCUGAAGGAAACAGCUGCAGUUCUUGCUCCCAAACUGAGUGCAGUCUUCAGACGCCUAAUCCUGACCGGUAGUUUCCCCAUGUGCUGGAGAAAUGCGAACAUCACAGCGAUUCCUAAAGGCUCUCCAUCAUCUGAUGCCAGCAACUAUAGACCAAUCUCUAUCACGCCGUUACUUUCUAAGAUCUUUGAACAUGUUAUUUCUGGUCGUCUCUCUCGUUACCUUGAACACUCUCAUUUGAUACCAGCUAAUCAGUUUGCUUAUCGGAAGAACCUAGGGACUACGGAUGCGCUACUCACUAUCUCUCAUAAGAUUCAGCAAGCUCUUGACUGUGGGCAUGAAGCCAGGGUAGUCCAACUUGAUUUUUCUGCAGCUUUUGACCGAGUCAACCAUGCCGGUCUUCUCAGGAAGCUGCAAUCUUUUGGUGUCGGUGGCCCGGGUCAUUCAGAAAUGACAAAUGAGAAGUGUGUUUCAUUGCAGCUAAACAGCACUUCAAAAAAUCUGAGAAUGCUGUUAAUGCUGGACCAUUAUGUGGAGAUAUUGAGCUUGGUACAAGACUCUGAGCUGUAG